UGAGAUCCAUUUUGUCUAUUUUAUACUUUGUAAACAAUAAUAUAAAUUUAUAAUAUUAUUUGUAUAUAUGUAUGAUACUGAUACUUCAACAAUGUUUUAGGAUUGAAAGUUAACCUUAACCUAACCUAAUAAAUUUUACUUUUUUUUAAAGUAACUCUCAAUUCUAAAACAGACUAAAAAACCAUUAAAAAAGAAAUUAAUAUGCUCAUUUAUUAUGUGUGAUAUAUAAAAUACUUUAUCUUGUGAGGUCGCUUAAUGGCCAGGCCGGGAAAUAAUAUUAUUUUAUAUAUAUAUAUAAAUGUACAGGGUUGGGUACGUCCCUACAAAACGCUCUUUCAGACCCGGGUAAUAAAGUAUCAUUUCUAAUUCUAAUAUAAAAUACUUUAUCUAAUUUUAAUAUUAUACUCUCUUACUUAUCACAGCAACGGCCAACGUUUUCGCGGUGUAUAGAGACAAUUGCGCUUAUAUGUUCUAAGAUCCCGCGUUUAUAUUCAAAUUUAGUAGAGUUUACUCUCCUAACCCACCUCGGAAGCAGGGUUCAUAGAGUUAACUCCGGGGUUACUUUACUCUCACUUUUGGAACGAAUAGGCUCCGCCCAUAUAGUUACUUACUUCGCGUUUUGGAACGGCGUAGGGUUAACCCUGCUACUCAGAGUAGAGUUUUGGAACGUACCCCAAGUGCAGCUAAAAAGAAACAGACAACAGACCCUAGGGUCAUUUUGGACUGCUCGAACUAAUUGAUCCAAAGACUCAAUUUCAAACCGCGCCACGAGCUGAUUACAAAAACUACAAAUUCUCCAUCACAGAACACAAAAAGUAUGUGAUCGAAGAAGUGAGGAGCAUUCUUGUAUUUAAAAAAAGAAAAGGAAAAGUUGCUCUUGUCACUCGAAAAUAUUUUCACAUCUUAGCUUAGUGCCUGCUACAUCCUUGGCUAAGUAUGAAGCAUAGUUCUCAGUCAGAAUCAAUAGUAUGAAGCUACACACAUGUUUACUAUAUGUCUCCUUGUUACUUUCGCUCUGCGUUCUUUAUGGAUCGAGCCGUAAUUAUCCAAACAGCAGCUCUGAAAAACAUGACGAUAAUGAUUGUAUCGCAGAAUCUCCACUGUGUAAAACACAUGUGUCUUUAGGCCCAUCCUGUCAUGAUACUCAAGAAGUUCAAGUCGCAUUUUCUUCUAGUGUAGUCGAAAAUGAGUAUAUAAUCAAAUUCAAUGGUUACUAUAGAGCAUGUGCACGAGAAAAUUAUAUAAGAGCUGCUUUAAACUUGUCUAACAUUGAGAACUGGAAGAUCAUAUUGCGCAACAAUGCAGCAUCUGUGUAUCCUAGCGAUUUCGAUAUUAUACACUUAAAAGAGACGGAUAAAUAUGAAGGGCUUAGGGCUUUAAGUAAUCAUCCAUUUGUAAAGACUGUGUCACCGCAAAGACUUAUACGUAGAACUUUAAAAUUUAUCAAUAGAACGUCAAGUGAUUCUGAUAUCUUAGCACAUAAGAACCCCAAAAGAAGAAUCAAUGAUCAUAAUGUUCAGCCUGGGCAAUCAACAAACAGACAUACAUCUCGAAAAUUAUUAAGAGCUAUACCGAAACAAAUUACGUCUUUACUUGAAGCUAAUGUCUUGUGGAAAAAGGGUAUUACUGGGAAAUAUAUAAAAGUAGCGAUAUUCGACACUGGGCUUGCCGCUAGUCAUCCACAUUUUAAGAAUAUCAAAGAGAGGAUAAAUUGGACGAAUGAAAAUACUCGAGAGGAUAGCCUAGGCCACGGGACGUUUGUAGCUGGUGUUAUCGCGUCAUCCUCUAGAGAUUGUUUUGGUUUUGCUCCAGAUGCGGAUCUUCAUAUUUUUCGCGUUUUCACAAAUGCUCAGGUGUCUUAUACCUCAUGGUUCUUGGAUGCAUUCAAUCAUGCCAUAUUUCGCAAGGUGACAGUGUUAAAUCUGAGCAUUGGCGGUCCAGAUUUUAUGGACCAGCCAUUCGUCGAUAAAGUGUGGGAGGUUACAGCUAAUGGUAUCAUUAUGGUGUCUGCUAUUGGCAAUGACGGACCUUUAUACGGCACUUUAAAUAAUCCUGCCGAUCAAAUGGAUGUGAUUGGUGUAGGAGGCAUCAAUUGGGACGAUCAAAUAGCAAGGUUCUCUUCGCGCGGCAUGACCACGUGGGAAUUACCUUAUGGAUAUGGUAGAAUCAAACCUGACCUAGUCAUAUAUGGAUCAGGAGUAAGAGGGUCCGCUUUGCAGAAUGGAUGUAGAAGUCUCUCUGGUACCUCCGUUUCUAGUCCUGUCGUUGCCGGCGCGGUAGCGCUAUUAGCUAGUGCAUUUGUAGAUACAAAUGUAUCUAAAAUUAAUAAAGAGAAGGUAACACCGGCAAGUAUGAAACAAGUGUUACUGAAUUCAGCCCGUCGCUUACCUGGGAUUGGUAUGUUCGAGCAAGGCGCAGGAAAAUUAGAUCUCUUGCGGGCAUUUCAUCUCUUAGAGUCAUAUACUCCUACUGUCACGCUCCAUCCAAGUUACAUAGAUUUGACGGAGUGUCAAUAUAUGUGGCCGUACUGUACUCAAGCUAUAUAUCAUACCGGUAUGCCCACAAUAGUCAAUGUAACUAUAAUAAAUGGUUUGGGUGUGGCUGGAAAUGUAGUAAAUCUUACCUGGCAUCCGUAUGCCGGUAAUGGCAAUGGUGAACAUAUUGAUGUGGCGAUAACGCACAGCGAUGUCUUGUGGCCAUGGUCCGGUUGGUUAGCAGUUGCUAUAACAGUCCCAUCAACAUCCCACGAUUGGCAGGGCAUCACACAAGGUCAUAUCUCACUCACGGUUGAGAGCGAUGGCGCAGGCAAACCACGGCAAUCAACAAUAACACUCCCAUUGCAGGCAAAAGUCAUACCCACACCUCCUAGGCAUAAACGUAUCUUAUGGGAUCAGUACCAUAACUUGCGAUAUCCACCUGGAUAUUUUCCUAGAGAUGACUUGCGCGUAAAGAACGAUCCUCUCGACUGGAACGGAGAUCAUAUACAUACAAACUUUAAAGACAUGUAUCAACAUUUACGUAAUGCCGGAUAUUAUCUUGAAGUGCUUGGCUAUCCGUUCACUUGUUUCGACGCGAGACAUUACGGGACCCUACUUAUCGUAGAUACGGAAGAGGAAUUUUUCCCUGAAGAAGUGGUAAAGCUAAAACACGAUGUGGAAGAAGACGGUUUAUCAGUAAUUGUAUUUGCAGACUGGUAUAAUACUGCAGUCAUGCGAAAAAUAAAGUUUUAUGACGAGAAUACCCGUCGAUGGUGGAUACCUGAGACGGGAGGUGCCAAUAUUCCAGCUAUAAACGAUCUGCUUUAUCCUAAUUGGGGUGUGGCAUUUGGCGACGAAGUACGAAACGGUCAGUUCACUCUUGGCCAACAUGCGCCAGUCAUAUUCGCGUCUGGCACUACACUAACUAGAUUUCCAAAAGGCGGAAUCGUUCUGUAUGCAGAGUUAUAUGACCAAGGUCAAGAACUUUUGGAAAAAGAAUCAGGGAUACCUAAGCUUGUACCGAUACUCGGACUUUUACAAGUGACUAGUGAGAAAGAUGUUGAAAUGACACAUAAUGACAAGAUUAAUAACGAAGUUGAUCAAGCAGAUCAGAAUGACGAUGUCAAAGAGCAGACGAGUAUGUCCGGUAGACUCGUUGUUUAUGGAGAUUCAAAUUGUAUCGAUGACAGCCAUUUACAAAAAGCCUGUUUUUGGAUGCUCGAUGCUAUCUUAGAAUACACAACGACAGGUUAUGUACCUACUGUUUUCAUGGAUGAAAAUCAGAGGGAGCACAAGACUGUUAAAACGACUAGUAGUAUAGAGACUGGAGAAUUACCACGUCGAAUGAAAGAAAAUCAUUUUAGUCGCCACAGUAAAGUAUUAAUGACUAAUGAGCCAGCAGGCAGUUUCAGAUCUCUUCCAUUAUGUAUCAUCCCUGUAUAUGCCAUGCCUGUACCAGUUAAUGAAUCUGUGCCAAUAGAACUUUACAAGCCUCAGAAGCUGCUCUCUAUGGGAGAUACCAUGAGCGCGGCAAAUUCAGUAGUACAGGAUACAGACACUUUGUGGCUUAAGAGACGAGUUGGUGGAGCUAGUAUCCCUACGUUGCAAAAUCUCGACACAGACAUUUUGGCUUAUGAUACAAAAGAAAAUCAGGGAAAUGAACAAAUAAUUGUAUACCAAUGGAAAUACGUAAUAGUAAUAGUUAUUAUAGUGAUAGCUUUCGUGUAUUUGUGUAAUCAUUUGGGAUUGAACAGACAUUCGCGCAGGAAACGUAUUAUACUCAGAAUAUUUAGAGCCAUUCGAGCAUUAGUUGUGCGAAGGAUACCUGCGCAAAUGUAACUUGAUAAUUUCGCACAAACCAUUACUGUGUAUUGUACAUAAAACGUAUAAUUAAGGUAAUUUUUUUAGGAAAUUGGGUAUAUUUAAAUUCCAAGACAUUUAUAUGCAAAUUAGAUAUUAUGUGCCUUUAAAACAUACAAUAUGAC